AUGAGUGGAUCAGAAUCCAAUCCAAAAGCGUCUGUAUCAUUAAACACGAUUAUAUCACCAUCGAAUGCUAUACGACAACACCGACGAAUGGUUCGAAAUUAUUCACUUCUCUGUUUAGAUGAGUGUAUGGGUGAAACGAACCAAGAAUAUCAAGGUAUUUUGACACAAUUAAAAGCCAAUACUGACAAUGUCAAUAUCGUUAAGCAGCGAGACGAAUGUAUCGACUUUCUUACAGAUGCUGAAGAAAACAUCAAGUCUUUUCUGGUUGUCGAGAAUGCUACGGUUCAACAAAUAAUGCCCCUGAUUGAUGAUAUUCCUCAACUGCAUAGUGUUUAUAUCUUCAGUAACAUUAAAUCUCAACAUGAAGAAUGGACAACAAAAUGGCAAAAAAUCAAGAGCGUUCAUACCAGCAUCGAUGACUUAUGCCAAUCAUUAAAAAUCGGUGUCAGGCAGUUCAACCAAGAUUCGAUAGCCAUGAGUUUUCUCACGGUAGAUGAAAUGGCUUCAACUGACAAUUUAAAUCAGUUGGAGCCAACAUUUAUGUACACCCAGCUAUUCAAAGAAAUACUUCUUGAUAUGAAACACGACGAACAGGAGAUCAAACAGUUUAUUAGUUAUUGUCGACAUAAUGACUGCGGAUCGUCAAAGAUUAUUGAUGAAUUUGAGAAAAAAUACCGAGCUCAAUCAGCUAUUUGGUGGUACACUUGCCCAUCAUUUAUCUAUUCUAUGCUUAACGAUGGUCUUCGCUCUAUGCAAGGUGAUAUUAUUAUUAAUAUGGGUUUUUUCAUUCAUGACCUUCACCAACAAAUUCAACAACUACACCAACAACAACUCAGUAGUUAUCAGGAUAAACCAUUCAUAGUUUACCGGGGACAAGGUCUCACGAAAUCGGAUUUUGAAAAACUUCAGAAAACAAAGGGUGGACUAAUGUCAUUUAACAAUUUCUUGUCCACCAGUACAGAUAAGGAACUGUCUCUCGGUUUUUCUCAAGUUGCUUUAACAGAACCAAAUAACGUUGGCAUUCUCUUUACAAUGUGUAUUAAUCCUUGUAUAAAAUCAGUACCAUUUGCCACUAUCAAAGAACAGAGUUAUUUUAAGGAGGAAGAAGAAAUUCUCUUUUCAAUGCACACUGUUUUUCGGGUAGGUGUGAUUGAACAAAUGGAUAAUAAGAAUCAACUUUAUCAAGUUGAGUUACAAUUAACGUCGGACGAUGAUCAACAACAACGAGUACUUACUGAUCGGAUGCGAGAAGAGGCUGCUGGUAAUACAGAUUGGCAAAGAUUGGGUAGAUUAUUGUGUAGAAUUGGUCAAUUUAAUAAAGCUGAAGAACUUUAUAACGUAUUACUUGACCAAACAUCUGAUGAGGGCGAAAAAGCUAUUUAUUAUCAUCAACUGGGAUCUGUGCAUUCAAAUCAAGGUGAUUAUGAAAAGGCUAUUUGCUAUUACGAACAAGGACUUGAAAUUCAACAAAAAACUCUUCCUUCAGAUCAUCGUGAUUUGGCUAUUUCAAACAACAGUAUCGGUUUGGUGUAUUAUGACAUGGGAAAGUAUUCGGAAGCACUUUCUUAUUAUGAAAAAGCACGUGAAAUUCGACAAAAAACUCUUCCUUCAGAUCUACUUGAUUUGGCUACUUUGUACAACAACAUCGGUUGCGCGUAUAACAACAUUGGAGAGUACUCGAAAGCACUUCCAUACCACAGAAAAGCACUUAAAAUUCGAGAAAAAUUUCUUCCUGCAAAUCAUCCUAAAUUGGCUAUUUCACACAACAACAUCGGAUUGGUGUACGCGAACAUGGGAGAAUAUUCGAAAGCACUUUCAUCUCACGAAAAAGCACUUGAAAUUUAUCAAAAAACUCUUCCUUCAAAUCAUCCUUUAUUGGCUACUUCAUACAACAACAUUGGUUUGAUGUAUGACAACAUAGGAGAGUACUCGAAAGCACUUUCAUCUCACGAAAAAGCACUUGAAAUUCGAGAAAAAUCUCUUCCUUCAAACCAUCCACAUUUGGCUAUUUCAUACGGUAACAUCGGUAGUGUUUAUUGCAGCAUGGGAGACUAUUCGAAAGCACUUUCAUCUCACGAAAAAGCACUUGCAAUUCGAGAAAAAUCUCUUUCUUCAGAUCAUCCUGAUAUAGCUAUUUCAUACGGCAACAUCGGUUUGGUGUAUUCCAUGAUGGAAAAGUAUUCGGAAGCACUUUCAUUUCACGAAAAAGCGCUUGAAAUUCAACAAAAAGCUCUUCCUUCAAAUCAUCCUGAUUUGGCUACUUCAUACAGCAACAUCGGCUUGGUGUAUAACAACAUGGGAGAGUACUCGAAAGCACUUUCAUUUCAUGAAAAAGCAUUUGAAAUUCGCCAAAAAACUCUUCCUUCAAAUCAUCCUGAUUUAGCUACUUUGUACAACAACAUCGGCUUGGUGUAUUACAACAUGGAAGAGCACUCGAAAGCGCUUUCAUUUUACGAAAAAUCACUUGAAAUUAAACAAAAAGCUCUUCCUUUAAAUCAUCCUGAUUUGGCUUGUUCAUACAAUAAUAUCGCUCGUUUAUAUUGCAAUAUGAGAGACUAUUCGAAAGCAUUUUCAUGUUAUGAACAUGCUCUGCGCAUAGUAAAACAUGCAUUGCCUCCAACUCAUCCUCAUGUCAAAAGUGUGCAAGAUAGUAUUGACGCUGUCAAAAAGAUAUUAUAA